AUGUCCAACUCACCCUCGGUCCUCAUGGCCAGACCCACUCUCGGCUACCGCUCCAUCUCGGAGCUCGCACCGCUCUACGACCCCUCCUCCGCACCGCACUCGGGCACCCGUCUGCGCGGCUCAAAAGCCACCAGCGGAACACAGACUGCCGCAGGAUCGCAGCUGCCCUACUCGCCUCUGCUCCCGCUUCCUCCUGCGUCCACUUCGAAGAUGCCCCUGCUGCACCCCGACUCUGCUGUCGAGCAGAGGGAGAACGUCGCCCCUUCCACGUUCCACGAUGAGCCCAUCCCCUCCAACCACGCCGGCGCCAUCGCUGCUCGCCGUCAAGCUCGACGCGGCGUCUCCGAAGGCUACACGUUCCACUCGCACGAGAUGAAGCCCAACCGCACCUCGGCCUUGUCCACCAAAGCUGCGCUUCGGCUACACAUCGCUGCGUCCUCGGACCCCUCCGCGCACCCUGCUGCGGGCAAAGCAGCUGGCAUGAUUCGCAGCUACUCGCUCCCCGUUGCGACCCAAGAGGAACACGACGAGCAGCAACGCGUGAUGGCGCUUGGCCUCACCGGUCAGACGGCGGCCAACCCGGCAUGGUGGCAGUACGGCUGGCCCUCACCGGGCGGUCUCAACCACCAUCACGUUCACAAAACGGAGCGAUCGCGGUCACAGUCCAAGCUCUCCAAUGCGCUAUCGCCACUGAGCCCUCUCGCGCCCAUCGAGCCCGCUACAACCACCCCAAGAGCCGGGAAGGCGGCCAAAACUCACUCGUCUUGCUCCCCAAAGAUGAAGUCUAAGCAUCUGCCUUCGAUGCACCAGCACGCACUCCACGCCUCACGCUCCGCUUCCACCUCGCCCAAGCUCAGUCGCUCCCCUCUAGCGCCCAUGUCGACCAAUCUGCCUGCCCUCGAACAGCAGACGGAAAAGGAGGAGAUGUUUGAUGUCGAGAUGGAUGCGCUCAAUGCGAGGUUUGCCGAAUGGUCCCGGGCACAGGAGAAAGAGGUGGACGAGGAGCAGGAUGACUACUUCAACCUCGUCCACGAUGACCCUGUUGUGCUGCUGAGGGCUGCCGGUGGGAGCGACACUUCGGAUGAGGCACGUACGCCGAGAGCUUCCUCUCCAAGACCCACGUCGAAGAUGCACGCUGCCCUGGAGGAGGAGGGGGAGAACAGGUGGUCGGGCAACUUCGACUUCAUUCACCCAGACCAUCUUGCUUGA